AGGCUUUUGCGGCUGCUGUCAAAUGCCAGCCUGCGUGCCGGGGCAAGAGAGACCCAAGGCAAAAUCAGUUUCCCCCAACUCCAAAGGGCACCGGUUCUCCAGGUGCCAGCACUGGAAAUUGCUGGUGUGAAGAAAGGAGAGGGAGGCGUGCAGGAUGAAGUUCACGCCAAGGGGGGUCAGUGGCUCCGCCUCUCUGGGGUAGGAACAGAAGAAAACCCUAAACCCAAAGACCUAAGGUGGGGACGUGGAAAGCGAGACAAACUCCAGCGGAAGGCUGUGGAGUAAGACGCAGGGUUCCCAGAGAGGCCGCCCCAGCUCCUGCCGCAGCGCUGGGCGCCCUCCCACGCCUGCUCCCUGGGGACCCCGGGCGCCCCACGCACGCACCCACCCUCCCUCCCCGGGUUCGCCGCUCCUCCCUCCUGCCUCGCUGGUUGGCCCGGGCGCCGCCGAGCGCGGCGGCGGCAGGAGGAGCCGGGCGCGCCUGCCACGCAAAGCCACCAGGCUGGCAGGGCGGCUGGUGCGGUGCGCGAUCCCAGGUGGCAACAGCAACGGCGGUGGUGACAGCGGCGACUGCAGCGACCAGCGCUCACCUCUCUCCUAUACACCCGCAUCUCGCCAGCCGCCUAGCAGCCAGCGGUCCCCGGGUCGCCUAGCACGCGUGCACGGCCGAGCUCCGCGCACAAUAGCGGCGACCGCCAUGGGGAAACCCGCGAGGAAGGGAUGCGAGUGGAAGCGCUUCCUGAAGAAUAACUGGCUGCUGCUGUCCACCGUGGCCGCGGUGGUGCUAGGCAUUACCAUAGGAGUCUUGGUUCGAGAACACAGCAAUCUCUCAAAUCUGGACAAAUUCUACUUUGCUUUUCCUGGAGAAAUUCUAAUGCGGAUGCUGAAACUCAUCAUUUUGCCAUUAAUUAUAUCCAGCAUGAUUACAGGUGUUGCUGCACUGGAUUCCAAUAUAUCUGGAAAAAUUGGUCUACGUGCUGUUGUGUAUUAUUUCUGUACGACUGUCAUUGCUGUAGUUCUAGGUAUUGUGCUGGUGGUGAGCAUCAAGCCUGGUGUCACCCAGAAGGUGACUGAAAUCGAGAGGACAGGCAGCACCCCUGAAGUCAGUACAGUAGAUGCCAUGUUAGACCUCAUCAGGAAUAUGUUCCCUGAGAAUCUUGUCCAGGCCUGUUUUCAGCAGUACAAAACUAAGCGUGAAGAAGUGAAGCCUCCCAGCGACCCAGAUACGAACAUGACAGAACAGUCCUUCACAGCCGUCAUGACAACUGCUAUUUCCAAGAACAAAACAAAGGAAUAUAAAAUCGUUGGCAUGUAUUCAGAUGGCAUAAAUGUCCUGGGCUUGAUUGUCUUUUGCCUUGUCUUUGGACUUGUCAUUGGAAAAAUGGGAGAAAAGGGACAGAUUCUGAUUGAUUUCUUCAAUGCUUUGAGUGAUGCAACCAUGAAAAUCGUUCAGAUCAUCAUGUGUUACAUGCCACUAGGUAUUUUGUUCCUGAUUGCCGGGAAGAUCAUAGAAGUUGAAGACUGGGAAAUAUUCCGCAAGCUGGGCCUCUACAUGGCUACAGUCCUGACUGGGCUUGCAAUCCACUCCAUUGUAAUUCUCCCACUGAUAUAUUUCAUAGUCGUACGAAAGAAUCCUUUCCGAUUUGCCAUGGGAAUGGCCCAGGCUCUCCUGACAGCUCUCAUGAUCUCUUCCAGCUCGGCAACACUGCCUGUCACCUUCCGCUGUGCUGAAGAAAAGAACCAAGUGGACAAGAGGAUCACUCGAUUCGUGUUACCCGUUGGUGCUACAAUCAACAUGGAUGGGACGGCGCUCUAUGAAGCAGUGGCAGCAGUGUUUAUCGCACAGUUGAAUGAUCUGGACUUGGGCAUUGGACAGAUCAUCACCAUCAGUAUUACAGCCACAGCUGCCAGCAUCGGGGCUGCCGGCGUGCCCCAGGCCGGCCUGGUGACCAUGGUGAUUGUGCUGAGUGCCGUGGGCCUGCCCGCCGAGGAUGUCACCCUGAUCAUUGCUGUCGACUGGCUCCUGGACCGGUUCAGGACCAUGGUCAAUGUCCUCGGCGAUGCUUUCGGGACAGGCAUCGUGGAAAAGCUCUCCAAGAAGGAGCUGGAGCAGAUGGAUGUUUCAUCUGAAGUCAACAUUGUGAACCCCUUUGCCUUGGAAUCCACAACCCUUGAUAAUGAAGACUCAGACACCAAGAAGUCCUAUGUCAAUGGAGGCUUUGCAGUAGACAAGUCUGAUACCAUCUCAUUCACCCAGACCUCACAGUUCUAGGGCCCCUGGCUGCAGAUGACUGGAAACAAGGAAGGACAUCUCCAUGAGAGUCAUCUCAAACACUGGUUAAGAAAAAGAGAAACACCAAUGGCCAAGUGUACAUUUGAUUUGAUAUACAGACCUCCAGAUUAUUUUCUAUAUUUGGAUUCAGGCUUUGCUUUCCAAGUUUUAGGAUUUGGGGGUGGGGUAAGAUGAAGGAAAAUUGAUUAAAAGGAAAGUUCUAUUAUCUGGGUUUUAGAAAUUCUAUAAGAGACAAAGUUUGGAAGUAUAUAAAGUAAUAACUGUUAGAAUUAGGUAAUGGAUAUGAAAGAGAAAAUGCUUUCUCAUGCACAGACAACUGUUUUGGGUUUUUUAAAAAAUAUUCUGUCAUCAGUUACAAAUUCUUACUCAGGCUUUCUAUUGGCAUGGAUUUCCUUUGACCUCUCACUUUUUUAUAAAUUAUAAUGCAUCUAAACCACUUCUACCCAGUUAAUGUGCCAAAAUGUCCAUUUUCAACUUAUCUCCAGCCAAUUUCAAAGAAAACAGACCAGCACAGUUCUGCAAUAAUAGUUUUAAGGCAGGCAUAGGGUUUGGAGGGAAGGGAGAAGGAUUGUUUUUUCAAUGUACUGUACUGGGACACUGGUAACUGUUAAUUCAGUGUUCAGCAUAGAUAUAUAUAUAUAUAUAGAUAGAUAGAUAGAUAGAUAGAUACAUAUGUAUAUAUAUGUGUGUGUGUGUGUGUGUGUGUGUGUAUUUAUUAUUUUCAUAUAAUUUGCCAGACAGAGAUCAGAAUUGAACUGUCAAUGUGAAAUAAAGAGUUCUCCUUGUACUUGAAUAAUAACUACAAUUCCAACCCAGGUCUCCUUUGGGGCUUAUCAGAACUCCUUUCUCAGGAGCACUAGAAGAGAAAUCAUGUUGUUCAAUCAUUUCACAUCUGUAUAUCGGCCCUAAAGCAGAGAUGUAUUAUUGUGAUACUCUAAGGUAGCAUAGCCAUUCAUAUAAAACUUCCAGAUAUGAGCUGCCUAGAGGAAAUCCAUAUCAACUCUGCGUAAUAUUAUAUACAAAGGUGUCACUCACAAAAGGUUGGAUGUGAUUUUAUCCAACUGGAAGGCUUUAUUCUUCCAAGUUCAUUCACACUCAAAGAGGCCAGUACUUUGCCAUCCUUGCACUUCUGUUUUCAGGGCCCAAAUAAGAGUGGCAAGCUACCAACUAAGUUGUAUUUUAAUAAAAAUUCCAUGGGUUGAACAAGCCACAUUGCAGAAAAAGAGCUGCCCCUAACCUGGGUUCUUGCAGAGUAAAUCCCACAACAUAAACUGAUAUCACUGGUUCGGGGUAAAUAGUUCCAUUCUAUGACACUUGUCUCCUCCUCCAGGGAGGACUGUUCUAACUAGUAAUCUUGGCCCUAUUCAUUAUACCCUCUGCUUAUCAUUCUGCUAAUUUAUGAAGAUAGUUUAUUAAAGUCUGUGCCUCAGUUCUCAUCUUGUAAAUAAUGCUUAACAUAAACUUGUACUUACAGAGAUCCAAAGUAGUCAUGUUUCUGCAGUAUUGUGUAGCCAACUUAAACCUGUGCUUUCAUGUUUAAGAAACGAGAAAUUGUGCCAAAGAUAGCAGAAGAGUAAAUAAGUGCUCAGCACUGACCACCUACAUCGGAAAUCUACAACAUAAUGAUACUGAAUUGUUAUGUAAACAUCAUAAAUAGUAAAUAAUGAUUCAAUGUAAAUUUUAAAAUGCAAAUACUGGUAUUGUUUAUAGGAAAUAAAUCUAAAUAUAAAUAAAGUUGAAUCAGUAAUUUCUCUUGGGCUGAAUGGUUCUAUCCCUUACUAGGUUGCCCCAACUAGUGGCACUAGAGUUAACAGAGCUGUUCAUGAGCUGCGAAUUAUCCUUAUUUUGGAGUCAGUUUGUAAUCAGCCUCUUAACAUACUGUGCUGUUAACUCAUAAAAGAGAACAAUGUUCUAUUUCAGUCUCAAUAAACACUUCCCUUAUUCUUUCUCCCCUGA